ACCCUGUCGUUAGAGGCCUGAUUGAUUCUGGUUUUACUGUAGAAGAGUCAUUAGCUGCUGCUGAGCAACAUUCAGACAAUAUAGAAAGAGCAAUGGCUUCUCUAAUGGAGGGUCCACCUGAAUCAGGUGAACUGUUUGCUCCAGUACCUUAUGAUAGUGUCUUUGAGAGACAUGAUAGCAUUGGAGAAUAUGAUAGACAAAUCAGUGCAGACUCUGAUGAACUACAAGACUUGGUAAUCACAAGUAGUGAGAAAACUUCAGCUGAAAAAUACCUCACCAUACUGGCACUGGGUACGACUCUACAACAACUUUCUCUAAGUAAUAAACCUACUGUUGGCUUGCAGAGGAAAUUUCCUGAAGGACUGAAAUAUGGUGAACCUAAUCUACUGGUAACCCCUCCAGAUAAAGUUUUUAAAACUGUCCUUUCGCUAUACAUGGAGAGUAAAGACCUUCCCAUGCCAACAUAUGAAGAGGUUCUUAUUUGUAAUGAGAAUACAACUGAGGAAGAAGUGACUCUAUUGUGGAAGAGAGCUAUGGGAGACCCUAACCACUUUAGAAUAUUCUGUCUAGUACAUGCUGAACUACUCUCUUAUCAAGUCUGUGAUAAAGCAUUGAAAUCACUUACCGAAUGUUCUUAUGCUAAAAAUGAUUAUAGGCUAGUAAUAGUAUGUAGUGAUGAAGAUCUUGACAAGUUUCAUAUGAUAUCGAAACUUCAAUUAUUCAAGCAACAACUGGAGGCAUUUCAUUGUGAUGAUGAUUACAAACAAUAUUUGAAGUCUCAUUUUGUGCAAAAUCCUAACAUCUUAGGAAGAAGAGCACUUGCUUCUACUAUUGACAGAGAAAAUUCAUGUGUACGUGUGGUGACAUCUGAUAGAACAGGAAUGGGUAAAUCACUGUAUAUUCAAAGAAUGAAGGAAGAACUAAAGAGCAAGUGCUAUGGAGUCUCUUCUGAUGUUAUUAUACCAGUUCAUGGUCCUAAAGUUACUAGUGACAGUAUUGUUCAGUUGCUAAAAAGUAGUGUUGGUAAUAAAGACACUAAUCAAGCUAUUAUAUUUCAUCUUGAUAUUUCACCAAAUGUGUUGAGGCAGGUUGAUUCAAUAUUGUUCUCAUUACUGAUAUUACAAGCUGUGUCUGGCACUCAUGGGAAAAUCUGGAGAUCCUACAUUUCUCAUUUAUAUGCCAUUGAAGUCUCUGUAUUAAAGAAUGAUAUUAAGUUUGCUAAACCAACAGUUGAACUACUUAAGCUUCUUCCUACAGUUCAGUGUUUGUCUCCUAGAUCAGUCUGUAAUGUGCUUGAAGGAGAAAGGGGAG